CGUGUCACACUCUACCAUAUCGAUUUAGGAAGGGGUUAGGUAUAGUUCUCCAAUUCACCGUUGAUUAAACGUAUAGUGCGUUAAAAAAUUAGUGAUUUGAUAUUCAAACUCAGACAAUGAGAUAAAUCCCAUUUAAUGUCUAGUCUAUUCUAUCUUCAGUCAAUAGUAGAACUAUCACAACGUCAAGCAUGGCGCUCGCAUGGAAUCCAUCGAAAAAACACAGCGAUCGUGAAAGGUGGAUUUGUAUCUAUCCAGUAUACCUAAAUAGUAAGAGAACUCUAGCAGAAGGUCGAAAACUCCCAAAAGAUAAAUGUGUAGAAAAUCCAACACACCAAGAAAUUCGCGAUGUUUUGGUAGCAGCUGGUUUCAAUGUUGGAGUAGAAAACAAACUACAUCCACGAGAACGUAGCAAAGAAUUAUUGUAUCGCGGACGUAUUCGCGUACAGCUUAAAAAUGACGAUGGCACUCCUGUGAAAUCUGAAUUUCCUACCAGAGAUUUAGUUUUGGCCUAUAUAGGCACAACCAUUCCAAAAUUAAAAACUCGACAAGGAAAGCAAUCGAGUGGUGAACAGUCUUCUCAACCAUCAAGUUCAUCGACAAAGAAAGGAAAAGGAAAGGGAAGAAGGUGAUAAAACGAAAUAAUAAUAUUAGAAUUUAAAAAUGUUUUCCACUUAUGUAUAUUUUUUAUGUCAAAAUAAGAAUUAUUCUCUUGUAAAAAAAAGAUUGUACUACAAUUUGUAUAAACUUUUUGAAGAUCA